UAUCAUUUAGUUUUCCAAUACACCCUUCUCUCUCUCUACUUCGAUAAUUCACUCAAAUUCCACAAAGCCCCCAAUUCUAGGGUUUCCAUCUAUCUCAAAUCCCUGCCUCUCAUCCUCUGGCAAUAGCUGUGGUUGUAACCAGAAUGGCUUCGUUUCCUGUUGUGGUGAAAGGGACUGAUGGACCUGGACCAAGAAGUCGGCGGUUAAUUCAAAAUUAGCUCUUAACGUGUGUUGUAGAAUGGGAUAAAGAUGAAGUGAUUUCCAAUGCCGAGGGGAAAGCUCAUACUGAUCUGCCAGUCUGGUGGUGAAUUUGUGAGCAAUGAUGAUGGGAGUUUGUCAUAUAUUGGAGGAGAGGCACAUGCUCUAGAUAUCAAUCUUGAAACCGUGUUUGAUGAUAUGAAGUUAAAAUUGGCUGAAAUGUGUAACUUGGAAUAUGAAUCUUUGUCAAUGAAGUAUUUUAUCCCUGGAAACAAGCGAACUCUAAUUACUGUAUCUAGUGACAAAGACCUAAAGAGGAUGUUUGAUAUUCAUGGGAACUCGAUCACAGCAGAUGUAUAUGUCAUGGGAAGAGAAGGUUUUAAACGCGAAGCCUACUACAUGCAAGCUAGCAGAGCAAGUGAGAUCCAACUAGCUGAAACCGUGCUGUCCCCAGUUCCUAUCACAGUUGCUCCUACUGCUGCUACCUCUGGCAAUCGUCGUGUGUUGUCAUCUAAAUCCAAAAGAGCUGCCAAGGCUAAAGGUCAAAGCCGAGUGCAAUCUCGACUUGCUGUCACUCCCGCUACUGUUGCCUCUGGCAGUCGUCAUGUAUUGUCUUCUAAAACUGCAAAUGCUGCCAAAGCAGAAGCCAAAAGCCCUGCUAGUUCGGUACUGGCCAUUACCUCGAAAAAAUCUUCUCCCACCAUUACCAAGGAUCCUGGUGCUGCUACUUUGAUUCCAACUGAUCUUGUCACUGUUCCUGUUGAUACAGCUGCUAAUGACUCAGUUAUAGUUGAUAUGAAUGCUUCCCCUGCUGAUACUGUUAAGAAGCGAAGGCGCACUGCAUCCUGGAAAAUCGGUGCCAAUGGUCCCAGCAUCGUUCCUGACGACGACAAUGGUGAGAGCAACAGUGAUAGCAAUGGUGACGAUGACGGAGAGAUGAGAAGUGCAUCACGAAAGAGGAACAUGAGGACAAGAAAGAGUACAUCAUGGAAGAAGAAUACUUGGGAUCAUGAUAAUACCGUUGUGGAUGUUGCUAUAGAAUGGCAAUCAGAUUAUGAAGAUACUGAACUAUCUGUAGAUGUUGUCGACUCUAAAGAUGGUUCCGUGGAAAGAAUGGUUGCCUCUUGGAAAAAAAGAAUUACUGGGGUAGGACAGGACUUCAAAAAUGUUGCUGAAUUUCGUGAUGCCCUGCAGAAAUAUUCCAUUGCACGCCGUUUUGCAUACAGAUUGAAAAAGAAUGACACUAAUCGAGCAAGUGGCAGAUGUGUGGUUGAAGGUUGUUCUUGGAGGAUUCAUGCAUCUUGGGUUGAAUCUGAACAGGUAUUUAGGAUAAAAAAGAUGAAUAAGUCACAUACAUGUGGAGGAGAAUCAUGGAAGCAUGCUACACCAAAUAAAAAUUGGCUGGUCAGCAUUAUAAAAGAUAGGUUAAGACAGAUGCCGCGCCAAAAACCAAGGGAUAUUGUCAAUGGCCUUUUCCAAGAUUUUGGGAUGGAGUUGAACUAUUCUCAAGUGUGGCGUGGAAUUGAAGAUGCAAAGGAGCAGCUUCAGGGUUCGAAGAAAGAGGCAUAUAAUCUGUUGCCUUGGUUUUGUGAAAAGAUAGAGGAGGCUAAUCCUGGCAGUUUUGUGAAGCUUUCCAUUGGUGAUGGCAGCAAAUUUCAACGUCUUUUUGUAUCCUUUCAUGCCUCAAUAUAUGGUUUCCAGAAUGGCUGUCGCCCAAUUCUCUUUCUUGAUUCUACAACAUUAAAAUCAAAAUACCAUGAGAUUUUGCUGACAGCUACUGCAUUAGAUGGUGAUGAUGGGUUUUUUCCAGUUUCUUUUGCUGUAGUGGAUGUUGAGAAUGGUGAUAAUUGGAAAUGGUUUUUGGAGCAGUUGAAAGAUGCAAUUUCAACUUCACGAUCAGUAACUUUUGUCUCUGAUAAAGAGAAGGGGUUGAUGAAAUCGGUGCUUGAAUUAUUUGAGAAUGCUCACCAUGGUUACUCUAUAUACCAUCUGCUGGAAAACUUGAGGAGGAACUGGAAGGGGCCAUUCCAUGGAGAUGGGAAAGUUUCUUUGCCUGGAAGUUUAGUGGCCGCUGCCCAUGCAGUCCGGCUUGAUGGUUUUAGAAUGCAUACUGAGCAAAUUAAACGGGUUUCUUCGAAAGUGUAUGAUUGGCUUAUGCAGAUUGAACCAGAAUACUGGACAAAUGCACUAUUCAAGGGAGAGCAUUAUAAUCAUAUCAUAGUAGAUGUUGCAGCGACAUACGCUGACUGGAUUGAAGAAGUGCGGGAGCUGCCUAUCAUAAGGAAGUUGGAAGUGCUUACAUGCAAGAUAAUAGGGUUGAUCCACACUUGUCAAAGGGAUUCAAAUGGCUGGACCACAAAACUUACUCCGUCAAAGGAGAAAAAGCUACAAGAAGAUGCUUUCCGAGCACAAUUUUUAAAAGUACUAUUCUCAACCGAUACAUUAUUUGAGGUUCAUGAUGACUCUAUUCAUGUUGUGGAUACUGAAAAAAGGGAAUGCACUUGUCUUGAGUGGAAACUGGCAGGGCUACCUUGUCGCCAUGCUAUUGCUGUCUUCAAAUGCAAAGGCAGUAGUGUAUAUGAUUAUUGUUCAAAAUACUAUACUGUUGAUAGCUUUCGCAGUACAUAUUCGAAAUCCAUACUCCCUAUUUUAGACAAUUUCAAGGAUCUGGAUGAAGAAAGGGAUGCCCCAGAGUCGGUGCAGGUGCUUCCUCCUACUACCCCGAGGCCUCCAAUCCAGCCAGAGGAAAAACGAUACUACUACAGAAAAGGAGAACCCACAAGGGUAAUGUCUUGCAGCAGAUGCAAGGGAGAAGGGCACAACAAGGCUACAUGCAAACAACCCGCCCAACCAUCAGAACACACUACAACCCCAGCUCCAGCACUAGCCCUUGAUGCCCUAGCACUAGCCCUUGAUGUCCCAGCACUUGCCCUUGAUGUCCCAGCACUAGCCCUUGAUGACCCAGCACUUGCCCUUGAUGACCCAGCACUAGCCCUUGAUGACCAAGCACUUGCCCUAGAUGACCCAGCACUUGCCCUUGAUGCCCCAGCCCUUGAUGCCCCAGCCCCUGAUGCCCCAGCCCCAACUCCAGGUGGCAGAGAUCCAACAUUGAUAGCCGAACCGUUGGAACAUGAAGAGCCAACAUUGAUAGAGCCCUGUCCUGGUAGUCCGAGCUCAGCUAAAGUUCCUUAAUAUGCUCAAUUCACUACUAAAAAAUGGGACUUUGAUGGGACUGUCCUUCCAUUAUAGGCAAUAAUGUACACCUUUAUGUUUAUGCAGGUUAUGUAGUCUCACCAUUAUAUCAGCUCGGAAGUGCUCUGCACUUCAUAUAAUGAAUGAAAUAUUGCUGUGUCAGUGUGAAA